AUGAAUGACGGUACACUCGUCAUUCGUGGAGAGAAGGUUCCGUCGCGAAACGUAGGCGGUGUUGGUUUUGUUGUGCACCCAUCUGUCGUCCAUCUUGUCGAUUCUCACGAGAUCCUGUCACCUCGUUUGGCCAUUCUUCGCCUCCGCCCUCUGCGCCAAAAACCCAUCAGUAUCAUCAACUGCUACUCACCAACAUCAGCAGCUGAUGAUUCCGAAUUGGACGCGUUUUACGAGGAGCUGGAGGAAGUAGUCCGCAAUGAGAAGUCCUUCUACAAAUUCGUUGUCAGAGUCUUCAACGCAAAACUAGGAAAGGCCACAGAAGAGGAAUACAGGAUUGGAAGAUUUGGAUUAGGGGAUCGGAAUGAAAAUGGCAAUCGUCUCGCCGGGCUGUUGUCCGCCGCUCGCCUCUUUCAUGGGAACUCUCUUUUCAUGAAAAAAAAUCAUCGUCGGUGGACAUGGGAAUCGCCCAAUGGCGCGACUCGUGCGGAGAUCGACCACAUACUCACCAACCGGAGGUGGUGUCUACUUGACUUCUCAGUAGCACCAUCCUUUUGUAGUGGUUCUGAUCACCGUCUCCUUCGUGCAAAAAUACGACUUAGCAACACGAUGGAAAAGAACAUCUGCUAUCGGCAAAGAAGGGGAAAAGAAGUUGUCUACAACGAUUGCAUACUCGAGUACUCCUUGUUCCAAGGUGACUGGCACAUCGAGGAGGACCCAAACGUGGACUACGAGAUGUUGCUCAGAGGAUUACGAGCUUGUGCUGAACGUGCCUCGAAGCCGCGCACGACAAACUUGGAUUGA